CUCGACCAACCAGCCGGACUGGCAGUCUUCGUCAGACCGUCCAGCCAAACACUCGGGCUCUACAGUGUGUGAUCGCUUGUGCGUGUUUUAUUUGUUGUGUGUUUGUCUAUGUGUUUUUGUGAUAUUCGUUAUCACCUUUGUCACAUCCAAAUUCAGUUAAUGCAAUUCUCCUGCAUUUUGCGCCAAACGCCCUAACACAGGAUUUUCACUACCAACUUCAUUAGGAUCAAAUCUUAUAAAAAAUAAACGACUUUGCUAAUCGUAAAAUAGACAGGUGCGUGAGAAGACGCGGGUUCCGGACUGCCCGUGGUGUGGUGGAAAUGCUCCAGUGAACAAUUGCCACAUCCGUUCAAUCACCAUACGUCUACCGGGCCUUUGUAACGUAUAUAUAUACUAGCUGACUGCUGGACUCACCAUCUCAGAGACAAGAGCCAAAGGAAAAUGCCUUGUCGUCGACCUGCGUGGCUAUUAAUGCUACUGCUGAUUGCGGAGGUGGCGUCCGAUUAUCGCGACGCUUUCGAGUAUCCAUUCGUCAUGCCCCGUCAUCCAGCGCCAGCAGCCGUUCGGACGCCAUCGACAGCUGAACCGUGGCGCCAUUUCUAUCCGGAGAGUUACGAUUUCAGCGACUAUAGCCGUCACAUCACUCGUACAGAUCCGGCGUCGCGCAACAGCGCUGCCGAGCAAGUGCCCAGCGGCCCUUAUUUCGCCCAGGAGCUCAAGAGGUACUACCACAAGCCGGCUGAUGAGCACAAAGUCUACCAGACGUCGUGGAACAUGAUCGAUUCACAAGGCAACGAAUACGCCAGCGUCUACAAUCGGCCAACGUUGACGAACUAUCGGCCUGUUUCGGCUCCUCCUGUUCCGCUUCUAUCCGAUCAGCACGCUUUCGUUCUGGAUGCGUGGCAGAGGCAGCAGCAAGAGCAACAACAACUUUACGUGCAACAACAAAAAGAGCGGCCGACCCGCAAACCUAUAAGCAAAAAACCGGCUCGCAAGAAGAACAAAGUACGGCCGAUUCAUCCAGAAGCUGGUUAUCAGCAGCACGUAACGAAGAGACCGGUGAAACAACAUGAAAACGAGAUCGAUAAAAUGGCCGAUGGACUCGCUGGCCAAUCGAUCGCUUCGGCUUACCCGAACGGCGUUAUGGGCACUUUAUCUCUUAUGGCCGGCCUCGUUUGGUACCUGGUCAACAAGUCGGCCACCCCGGUCAUCAAGAUGAGGCAACAUUCGGACGGAUUUUUCGGCAACAUGGACGACGACUCGUUCGCGCAGACGGCCAUCAACCAGUUGGCCGAUUAUUGGCUCGGUUCGCUCAAGCAAACUGAUUGCCAACAAAGAGCCAUUUGUGAGCUGGUUUCACAAUCGUCGUGGCUCUCUUCUGCUACACGAUGGAGUCAAUCCGCUUACCGGUCAGCCAUGGUGCAGAAAACCAUCGAGUCAUUGAAAGAAGACGAUGAAUUGGUUUUACAGUUGGACGAUGAUCAAUCCAAGAUGGCCUUGCUCGUCCAGGCGGCUUUGCAAGGUGAACAGGGCGUCGAUUGCGCGGCCAUUUAUCCGCACUGUUCCCUACCGUUCCGCGAAGAAUCACGAGAUCGCCGGCGUUGAAUAUCAACGUGCGAAUUGAAAAAUGUAUAGUUAACCGCUUGUAGAUGUUGAAUGUUCUAAGAAAAAAACACGAGUUCAAAUUACCUUUUGAAUCAAUUGCAAAUGUGUUAAUUUGUAUGAAAUCACGUUCCAACCACUUGCUUUAUUUAUUACAUUCAUGUAUGACAUGUACAGAAUUCACUUGUUCCAUGAAUUUAUUCUCACUUCGUUUUCGUCCGUUGUUGUUCACGUAUUAUUGCCCGUGAUCUUGUGUUUAUUAACGUCCUGACAAACGUUCCAUUGUAGAGAUCGGCCUUAUGUGUUAGUACUGUAUUAACCCUCUGGCUCCAAAAUCGUUUCCUUUGAUGUUGCUUUUAACAAUUGACCAAGUCGACAAUAAAGGAUGCACCCCGAUAUUUAUAUUGCUGCUGUAGUCUGUGAUGCAACACCAUUGUCCCGUUACCAUGACACCGCAUUUAUCGAAGAUAUACACAGUCUACCACUAUUGUGGAUCCGAAACGAAAA